GCGGGCGAGCGGGCGGCUGGGCUUGAGGACUCGUCGGCCGCCGCCGGCCUGCCGUCCCCUCCUCCUCUUUCUCCUUCUCCGGCCGUUGCCACUCGCCGUUCCGGGCUAGGGGCCGGGGCGGGGGGCGGUUCGGGGACCCGGCCAACGCCGCGGACAUGGGCAACGCGGCCACCACCAAGAAGGGCAGCGAGAUUGAGAGCGCCGUCACCAGAGGAUCUCCCAAGUACUUCCUGAUCUCACUAACUUAUUUAGUCCUACCCCUGGUUCAGAAGUGGCGAUCGUUCUUGUCCAGCCGGUAGAGGCAGAAAACUGAGGAGACUUUGCAAGAGGCUACACGGGGGCAGGGUCAAAGAAGGGUCCCUGGAUCCAGUCUCCCCUCUCUGAAGGGCAGUGAAAGAGUUUCUAGCCAAAGCCAAAGAAGACUUCCUUCGGAAAUGGGAAAAUCCAUCUCAGAACACGGCCCAUUUGGAUCAGUUUGAACGUAUCAAGACCCUGGGGACAGGCUCGUUUGGGCGGGUGAUGUUAGUGAAGCACAAGGAGACGGGGAACCACUUUGCCAUGAAAAUCCUCGAUAAACAGAAGGUGGUGAAGCUCAAACAGAUUGAACACACCCUGAAUGAGAAGCGCAUCCUACAGGCUGUUCACUUUCCAUUCCUUGUCUGUCUAGAGUAUUCCUUCAAGGACAACUCAAACCUGUACAUGGUGAUGGAGUACGUCCCGGGUGGAGAGAUGUUCUCCCACCUUCGCCGGAUUGGACGGUUCAGUGAGCCACACGCCCGCUUCUACGCGGCCCAGAUCGUCCUGACUUUUGAGUACCUGCACUCGCUGGACCUCAUCUACCGGGACCUGAAGCCUGAGAAUCUCCUCAUUGACCAGCAGGGCUAUAUCGAGGUGACGGACUUUGGUUUUGCCAAACGUGUGAAAGGCCGAACCUGGACCCUCUGUGGUACCCCAGAGUACCUGGCCCCUGAGAUCAUCCUGAGCAAGGGUUACAAUAAAGCUGUGGACUGGUGGGCCCUGGGGGUCCUGAUCUAUGAGAUGGUCGCUGGCUAUCCCCCCUUCUUUGCCGACCAGCCUAUCCAGAUCUAUGAGAAGAUUGUCUCCGGGAAGGUGCGGUUCCCCUCCCACUUCAGCUCGGACUUGAAGGACCUCCUCCGGAACCUGCUCCAGGUGGAUCUCACCAAGCGCUAUGGGAACCUCAAGAACGGUGUCAGCGACAUCAAAAACCACAAGUGGUUCGUCACCACUGAUUGGAUUGCCAUUUACCAGAGGAAGGUGGAAGCUCCAUUUAUACCAAAGUGCAAAGGACCAGGCGAUACAAGCAACUUCGAUGACUACGAGGAGGAGGAGAUCCGGGUCUCCAUUUCUGAGAAAUGCGCCAAGGAGUUUGCCGACUUCUAGGGGUGCCCCAGGGGAGGUUUUGUUUUGUGGGGAGGGGGACUAGAUUGGGAAAGCUCCAGAGACUUCCUUGUUUUUUUUGUUUUUUUUUCCCUCAGGUAGUAGUGGGAGACUAAGACCUGGAAUGGGGAAAGGAGGGGGAAUUUAUGCACCAAGAAAGAUCCCUCCUCCACCUCUGGCCCCAUUCCCAGUACCCUACUGUUUUCUCUUUGCAGUGGCUUUCUUUCCCCCUAUCUUUGCUGGAGAGCAGCCUUCCUGCUCCUCUCCUUCAUCCAGCCACGUGCCAGUUUUAAAUCAGUUUCCCAACUUCUAAGCCCCGAAUUAGACCCUGUCUCAACAAAUCUAGCUUUCUGUGUGAGUUCUUUUUUUUUUUCUUCUUUUCCUUCUAUAAGGGACCAGAAUUGUCUUUACCUAGCCCAUCUUCUCCUUCUUCCCAAUGGUCCCACCAGCACUGGAAAGCAGAUGACAGAGGCAACUCUUCUCUGGGAACUCAACAGCUUCUCAUAUUUUACGCAGUCUUCCCUCCCCCGCCCCCCAUCCUUUGGGGACAAGGGCAAAAAAACAAAACCCAUCUUCCCUAGGAGUGGGGAUCUUCCUGGGGAAAGAAAAAAUUUUAGAUAGGUCUUUGGUGGCGCCUUUAUAUUUUUUUAAACAAUUUAAAGUAUUAUUUAAGUUACACCUUCCCUUCAUGUGACCUGUUCUCCCAUCCCCCCCCCAAAAAAAACAAAAAAAAAAGUUUUAAAAAACGUGGCCGGAUCAGCCUGAGGUGGAGGAAGAGGUUAGGGGAAGGAAUCCUGGGAGGAUUUUAACUUGUGAACCCUGAGCCCCAGGGUCUCCCCUAAAGCCUAGGAGUAGGGAAGCAUCAGCCGUUGUUGAUCCAAGAGGCUGUUGAAACAACUGGAUACCCUGAGUAGGGAUUCCCUGCCAUGUUUUGAAGAUCCUUGAUCUCUUCCAGGAUUCCCAAUCCCAUCAUCUUAAACCUCCCUCCCUUGUGAACAGCAGCCCCCCCCGGGGCUUAGUCUGUAUAGACAGUACCGCCUCUUGGGGUAUUUGAGUUAGGAUCCCCACAAACUGAGGAGUCCCUUUCCUCCCCCGGGGCGGGGAGACCUUCCUCUCUGUGGGAAUUCUUGAUUCCUGGGGACAGUUCAGCCCUCAACUUUAGAACUCCUCGGCCUUCCGCCUUCCCUCCCUCUCAGCCCUGCCCCCUUAAUUUUAUCUUGUUAUUCUUAUCUGUAAAGUUUUAAAUCCCAGUGUCAUAUCUCCCAUCACCUGGUGGGGUUUGUGUCCUGGGGAGUGUGCCCCCCCUGCAAAAAAAAAAAAAGGAGAAAGAUCAAAGGAGGUCCAGUUAACCCUGGAAUCUGCUUUCAGGAGAAUUGGGGGAGCUCUAAAUCCGACUGCUUCCUUUUGCCCUGGGAGCACCAGUUUUAUUCUGCCAUUGGCUUUUCCCAGUUUGACAGUUGUCAAUCACCUUCCUCAUAGACCUGUUUAGAUGUCUGAUUUAGGAAUAAGAAUGUUUUUCCUCUUACUAGCAAGUAACUAAAAAAACAGGGGAGCAAACCACCUCUUCCCCCCCCCCCACCUCCUUCCUUUUUGGGGCGCCCCCGCCCUCACACCUAACAGCUUGAGCCUAGAAGGAUCUCUCAGGCCUGUGGAAGGGGGGCAUUCCCGGGAGUUUAAACCUGUGUGAUGCGUAGAAAUUUGUUUCACGGAAACGACUUUCUCUUUAAUGGUGUGCUUUGUUGUAAACAUAUUUGAAAACAAUUACCAAUAAAGUUUUGUUUAAAAAAAAAA